AUGCAUUUAUGUACAUUGUUGUCCAAAGGAGUGUUCAUUUCAAAAUUCCUCAUCAGCAUCCUCCCUUCUCUCUCGUCUUCGAUCUACGCUACGGGAAACAGCAGGCCGGCAACAACAAUCGAGUUCCGGCGAAGCUCGUACACCGGCGACCUCAUCACCCUCCAUCUCCGCCUCCCUUUCUUUUUCCCUCUUUUUCCCGUCGACAAGCAGCGCAAGACCAGUAGAUCGGCGUCGACUGCAACGGGCGAAGGAGCAGCGGCGAUGGGUGGAAUCUCCGGCGUGGCUGGUCAGCGACGAACUCCGGCGAGCAGUGGCGGCCAGCAGCGGUGGGCGACCUUGGCAGCUUCUCUCUCCCCUGUUCACCGGAAAGAGCAGCGUACGACGACAGCUUUUAGCCAUGUACGUAAUAAGCAGACAAGAAAGACUUCUUCAGCAUGCAAUGUGCGACGAUUUCGGCGGACGGACUGCGUGCAACGUGCUCACCUUCUUGCAAUUGGCGCUAAAUGCACAUUCUUUAUAGUAUAA